UGUAUGUAUAGGUCAUAUGUGAUAAAAUAAUGGACCAAUUUUAGGAUGCCUGUGAUAUCUCAUUCUGUGUGAUAUCAUGCUGAUUCGCAAAAUGUUCAUCAAGUCUAAUAAGCCUUUUUCUAAAAAACUUCAAAUGUUUGUUUUCUUAUAAUCGGCUUAUUGUCUAAUAAGCCAAUAAUAAACUGAUGUGGUUAUGGAGAGGAACAAAAAAAAAGGCUUAUUAGGCUCUUAAUAAGCUAAAGAAACUCUUUGUAAAGGACUGACGAUGAGCGGUUUAAGUAAGAACUUCGGUGGAUCACAGUUGAAUCUACCUCGUCCUGAUCUACUUAUUGGUAGAGAAGAGUACAAUGAGAUUUUGGUUCCUUCAUAUAAAGCAACAAUGGACGGAGAUUGGAAAGCUGCAAAGGUCAUUCUUGACAGACGACCUGAGCUCGUAAGGUUUAGCAUCACUGAAAGUUGUGAAACAGUACUUCAUAUUGCGGUUUUAGGUAAAUCAUAUUGGUUUGUGGAGUAUCUGGUGAGUUUGAUGGAAAAAGAUGAUUUGGAGCUUCAAAAUGUUGAUGGGCAAACAGCCUUGUGUUUAGCUGCAAUGGCUGGAGAGGUUAAAAUAGCUAGGAUACUGGUUACGAAGAACCGGGCCCUACUUGAAAUCCCUGAUAGUCAAGGAAUGUUGCCACUGUACAUGGCAGCUUUAUAUGGCAGGCAUGAUAUGGUGCAGUAUCUAUAUCAGAUUUCUAAGAAAAUGACUGGCGAUUUCUUGACACAUGAGAAUCGCGGUUAUAUUCUGGUGAAAUGUGUAGAGUCCAAUCUAUUUGAUGUUGCAUUACAAAUUGUGAUUGACCGCCCAGAACUUGCUGCAAAUGGAACUGUCCUUGAAAUAUUGGCUCGAAAGCCUUAUGCAUUUGAUGCUGAAAGACCUAAGAUUAGGUGGAAACUCACAUGCUCAACCCAGCAAGUGAAGGUUGGAAUUGCUGACAGAGAAAGUCAUGCCCUGCAAUUACUAAGAAUCAGUUGGGCAGAGAUUGUGAAGUUACCUAAGGAUCAAAUUGAUGACAUAGUAAGAGGCCCUCCCAACGAAAGGGAAUAUGAUAACAGAACACGUAUUGAAAAGGAACAGCAAGAAACACUUGAACUCUUGAGAACAAUUUCGGAGAACAUUGCAAAUAUGCCUACUAGAAUAUUUAACGUAUUCAGAGGGUUUCCUGAUGAAAAGAGUACUUUGAAAGCUGCAAAGAUAAAAUACUCUUCUCGGAUACUAUUUGUAGCUGCAGAAAUGGGUAACACUGCAUUUGUAGCUGAGGUUAUCAGGCACUAUCCAUAUCUAGUACGUGAAGUAAAUGAGAAUAACCAAACUAUAUUUCAUGUUGCCGUGUCACAUCGUCAUGAGGGUAUCUACAAUCUCUUAUACGACAUUGGAUCACUCAGGAGUUUAAUUAUUAACCUUGAAGACAAAAAUGGCAACAAUAUGUUACAUUUAGCAGGGGAGAGUGCAAAAAGGAAUAGGCUACAGAAAAUCCCAGGGGUGGGUCUGCAACUGCGUCUAGAAACGUUAUGGUUCAAGGAAGUAGAAGCCAUUCUCCCUCCUUCUUUUCGAGAAAAGAAGAAUGCAGUUGGUCUAACACCAUAUGAAGUAUUCAGAAAGAACCACAGAGAACUAUUUUUCAAAGGUGAAGAAUGGAUGAAAGAAAGAGCUGCUGAAUUAAUGGUCGUUGCGUCACUAAUAGCCACCAUGUCAUUUGCAGCAGCAUUUACGUUUCCAGGUGGAUAUGACCAAGUAACUGGUAUGCCUAUUUUGCUCCAUAAAAAGCUUUGCAAAAUUUUCAUAGUAUGUGAUGGUUUAUCUUUUAUAUCAGCAACAACCUCAGUCCUUCUGGUCUUAACCCUCCUUGGGUCUGAUUACACUGAACACGAUUUCAUGAUUGCCUUACCCCAAAAGCUGAUGAUAUGCCUAAUAUCACUUUUCAUCUCAAUAGCAACCAUAAUCCUUGCUUUUAUCAUUAAUAUUUUACUACUUUAUGAAAACGAUUAUAAUUGGAUACCAAUUUUUAUCAUUUCUUUUGCUGCUGUCACGUACAUUAUAUUUCGUAGCCCAAAAUUUCCUCUUCUAGGUCGCUUUUUGUAUGGUUCUAGGUUUCUUUUCCAGGGAGAGGGGAGAAUGAUUAAGAAACCCAUCUUUUAGCCAUUGUCUUCUCAUCUCAUUAUAUAUAUAUAUAUAUAUAUAUUAAUAUAUCUUGUACUUUUAUAUGGUCAGAUAUAUCUUAUAGACAACUCAGUACUGUAUUGGUUGUAAAUUUAAAUGAGGCACUCCCGUUUUAUUCCAACAACCUUAUUAUCUUCAAUAUUUAUGGUUACUUCAAUUUAGAAUGUA